AUGCAAUACGCACACCAUCAAGAAGACCUUGAAGCCAACCUCGUGGUGGGUGAGCCAGGUUACGAGGGCAUUUGCAAUCUUGACAACGACAUUCAUCCGAUCUGGAGACGAGAAAACUUCCGGGUCGCAGACAUUGCGGAUGAGGCGAGAUUGUUGAGGAAAAAUCACGCCCUAUGGGAUCGUUACACUCUCCCUCUUGAGCCGAAGAUCUAUCAGCGAAUAGAACCAGGCCUACGACUCGCUUCACUCCUUCUCCAACAAUCUGCCCCUUUCUUUUCCCAAGUCUUGUAUGGGACAUUGCAGCCUCGUCGAGUCAGAAGGCUUCACCCAUUGGGCGAAGUCGAUCAGUGGAGAUAUCGAUGGGUAGACGUGAUUGGUAAGCCUCACUUUUCCAAGCAAGAGAUUGCAGCACAACUCAACAGAUUUGCUGAACAUGUCGCAGAAAAAUCCCUCAUAUAUCUCUCCAGCCACACCUCACUCGACAACGCAUGGGGCGAAACCCGAACACAGCUUAAUGAGCGCAAUCGAUAUGCGGUAGGUAUUGGCUUAUCACUCGGCAAAGUCAUCUGCCAGCCUCAAUGGAACAAAUGUUCGGCGCAGACCCGACGCUAUUACAACUUUCAGCUGGCAACUACCCUUGUACAUGAGCUCGCACAUGUAGCAUGGAUUUGCAGAUGCUGGGACGAUUUCCUUGAGGAUCCUGAAUUAGUACGUGAGGACGAGGAAGCUAUCUUUUCCCCCAGCGAAGUGCAAAUGGAACUCGGCCAGUCCUGGGAAAAUUGGUUUUUUGGAUGCGAACUCCGACCUAUCGAGGCAGAGGAUACCACACCACCAAAAUGGCUUGGUUAUGCAUGUUCUCCUUUCACGCUAGAUUCCGGCAAUCCAGGGAGCAUUCAGUACCGAAACUCGAGAUAUGGAGCUACUGCGAUCCCAGCAAAAUGUAUCAACCAGUUUUUCCAGAAGGGCCGGUGGGCUGCUCACAUGGAUGGAUACGAACACUUCUCAAUCCACCUCACACCGCUAAAUAGUCUCUGCAACGAUGUGUGGAAUGAUGACCUUGACGAUGGCUUCAUGACUAGGAUGACUCUAAAUCACGAAAAUCGCAUUGAUCCUGCGCCCUCAUUUCGGGACACAACUCUGCAGACAUGA